CUACUUCAGAGAGAACCAGCAGGCAGGCAGGCCGACCAGGUUGGUUAGCUUAGCCUGCUGGUUAUUUUGAAUGAGUGAAAAUGAGGAUUACUGGGGGUUGUUUGGUGCUUGUGACUUUUCUGUGGACCGUCGUCAGCAGAGGUGACAAAGAUGGUUGGUGUCGUCUCAAUGAGAGCUGCCUUUUACAGGCAAACUUUAAUGUUGGACAAGUCGAGGUCAUACACUGGCAGAAGAAGUUGGAGAAGGACAUUUAUGCCCAUUCAUACUACUACAGUGUGGACCAACUGCUAUUCCAGGACAAACAGUUUAAGAACAGGACUUCCCUGUUCAAGGAGCACAUUAAAGAUGGGAAUUCUACUCUCUUGUUGAAGAAAGUGGUUGUAGCUGAUGAGGGAAGGUACAUGUGCUACGUAAGAACCAUCAGUGAAAAAAAGGAGUCAUUCAUCAACCUCCAUGUAGAAGCUGCGGUCACCACAAUCAACAUCCAGCAAGAUGGCAACAAUCUGACGUGCAGCUCAAGCGGAAUCUACCCCGAGCCUCAACUCACCUGGUCCACCGAGCCUUUGCUUCCUCACGCCCUCCAGAACGCCACGAAAGUGGACAACGGCACAGGGGAGACACUUUACAGCAUCAGCGGCUGGCUGGUCGUGGCGGGGGACAACACUUCUCAGGUGGACUACAUCUGCGACGUUAGAAGCCACAGCAGCAGGAGGCUCACCUGGAAGAACGGAUCGACUGUCAGAGUUUCUGGAUCAGAGACCGUCAUCAACUGUCCCUUCUUGACUGGUGACAGGAGCGUCGUCUGGAUGUUCAACAAUCGUACCAUCGUGAAGAUGAACAACGGUGCUAAGGACAUCAGUGAGGAGUGGAAAAAGCAGGUGAAGGACGUGUCCACUUCAGGCAACCUCGGUCUGCACAGUCUGUCCAGCGACCAUGAGGGAACGUACACGUGCCAAGUGGACAACGCCACAGAAACACGCGUGAUCACCUUCUUCUUGAGUACGGCGGGCGGUGACAAAGAUGUUUGGUGUCGUCUCAAUGAGAGCUGCCUUUUACAGGCAAACUUUACUGUUGGACAAGAUGUGGUCAUACACUGGCAGAAGAAGUUGAAGGAGGACAUUUAUGCCCAUUCAUACUACAACAGUGCGGACCAACUGCUAUUCCAGGACAAACAGUUUAAGAACAGGACUUCACUGUUCAAGGAGCACAUUAAAGAUGGGAAUUCUUCUCUCUUGUUGAAGAAAGUGGUUGUAGCUGAUGAGGGAAGGUACAUGUGCUACGUAGGAACCAUCAGUGAAAAAAAGGAGUCAUUCAUCAACCUCCAUGUAGAAGCUGCGGUCACCACAAUCAACAUCCAGCAAGAUGGCAACAAUCUGACGUGCAGCUCAAGCGGAAUCUACCCCGAGCCUCAACUCACCUGGUCCACCGAGCCUUUGCUUCCUCACGCCCUCCAGAACGCCACGAAAGUGGACAACGGCACAGGGGAGACACUUUACAGCAUCAGCGGCUGGCUGGUCGUGGCGGGGGACAACACUUCUCAGGUGGACUACAUCUGCGACGUUAGAAGCCACAGCAGCAGGAGGCUCACCUGGAAGAACGGAUCGACUGUCAGAGUUUCUGGAUCAGAGACCGUCAUCAACUGUCCCUUCUUGACUGGUGAAAAGAGCGUCGUCUGGAUGUUCAACAAUCGUACCAUCGUGAAGAUGAACAACGGUGCUAAGGACAUCAGUGAGGAGUGGAAAGAGCAGGUGAAGGACGUGUCCACUUCAGGCAGUCUCGGUCUGCACAGUCUGUCCAGCGACCAUGAGGGAACGUACACGUGCCAAGUGGACAACGCCACGGAAACACGCGUGAUCACCUUCUUCUUGAAGAUGGCGGGCGGCCGUUCACGUGAUGUGGACAUUGUGAUCGGGGUGCUGGCAACGCUCGCUGUGCUCGCAGUUGUGGCAUUUAUUUGGUACAAAAAGGAGAGAUGCUCGAACAACUCAGCAUACUGAAAUUGAAGAGGAGAGGGAUAGACUCCAGAACCCCUGGGAGGGACAAGCGGUAGAAAGUGGACGAAAAACAGAAGACCAAAGACAAAUACCUCUCCUACAUGACUCAUAAGGCAGCGCUUAACACCAGAUCCAAGUUGUCUGUCAUACACAAACAGUGUUCACAAAUAAGACUUAGACUUCCUUUUUUUUUUGUACAUAAGUUAAAUAAGUCAGACAUUUAUGUUGUUUAAAUCAAAUGAAUAUUUUAGGACUAUCUUAAAAGAGUCGACGAUUUAACGGUUGCUUUAAGGACAUAAUUCACCACACCUAUUUACUUGACUUUGUUGUCAUUAUUCACUGUCAUUGUUCGAUUGUGCACAUAAUGUUGUUCUGGUUUAGCAUUCAUGUAUGCAGUUAAGAGUGAGUAUUUUGGUGCGGCCCCUUUAAGUGACCAUCGGGAGAUUUACCCAAAGGUGGAGGUUUGUUGUGAGUCCUCCCACGACGCAGUCGCUAUCUUAGUCUUCAGUGGGUCCUUCCACGAUGCAGCCGACAUAUUGAUCUAAAGCGGGUCUUUCCACGACACCGCCAACUUCAUCUUCAGCGGGUCCUUACGCGGAUCCUUUUGAUGCUAAGCCUUCGCACUACUUUGUGGAAACCGUCUGCUCCACACUUCCUGUGAGUGUUUUUGCUGGCUUCUGUAACAGCGAUGAAAUGAAGACGUGAUGGUGGCGACAGGCCAAAUUACACUGUUCGUUACACCCACCCAGCCACAAGCCCUAUCCUGACUACCCCUUGCCACUGGAGAGACACCACCUUAAUUGACAAAUAUUCUGGGAGAAACACUGAUUUUAUAUAUAUAUACACAUACACACACACACACAAAUAUUUACACACAUACAUACAUUUAUAUAUACCUGUACACACAUUUACCGUAUAUAUACCUAUAUACACACAGACAUAUAUACACACACAUACAUACAUAUUGUAUAUAGAUACACACACAUAUACAUACAUAUAUAUAUGUAGGAAAGCAGGCCAAACUAUGUGCUCGCAGUUGGAGGCAUUUGCGUCAGUGAGGGACAGGAGGACACUGGACAAACUUCUGGCCAUCAUGGACAAUCCUGCCCAUCCACUCCACCAGACAAUUGAGGGACAGCGGAGUUUAUACUCCAACAGGCUCCUUCAGCUUCCUUCCUGCACUGUGCGAUUCAAGAACUUCUUCAUUCCACACUCCAUCCAGCUGUAUAAUCCCUCCCCAUACAGCAAUAGAUGAUAUCCGUCUAUUAGCUGACACCUUCUAUGUCAGCUACUUCUCUUUGUUUUUAAUGUCUAUAUUCUUUUUACUGCUGGAUCUACUCUCCAUUCUCCGGUGUGGCGAAGUGAAAGAGUGGCCGUGCUCAACCCGAGGGUCCCUAGUUCAAUCCCCUCCUAGUACAAACCUCGUCACAUCCGUUAUGUCCUUGAGCAAGACACUUCACCCUUGCUCCUGAUGGGUGCUGGUAAGCGCCUUGCAUGGCAGCUCCCUCCAUCAGUGUGUGAAUGUGAGUGUGAAUGGGUAAAUGUGGAAGUAGUGUCAAAGCGCUUUGAGUACCUUGAAGGUAGAAAAGCGCUAUACAAGUACAACCCACUUAUUUUAUGCUGCGGCUGCCACAUAUAAUGUAAUAUUGUAGUUGGUAACUGGUAUAUAUUGUAUAUAUGUCAUAGACAGAAUAUAUAUGUAUAUAUAAUAUACUGUACACAUAUUAAGUAUAUAUUGUAUAUAUUUGCAUAUAUGUUAUACCGGUAUCUUAUAUUGCUAUAUUCAGUCUAUUUAUACCUGCAUUGUCCUCUCCAUUCUUACACUUUCCAUCAUUGUAACUGAGCUACUGUGUUAAACAAUUUCUCUUGUGGAUCAUUAAAGUUUGUGUAAGUCUAA